AUGUCAGGAAACAAAGUGGAAGAUAAGCCUGAAGUCUCCCAUGUGGAGGACGGCGACGAACCACUCAAACAGCAAGGUGCACAUCAUACUUCGAAACAAGUCAAACAUGGUGAUCAUGCAUUGAAAUACCUAGGUGACGAGAGAGUAGAAGUCACUGAAGAGGAUAACGUCAGGAUCAGGCGAAAGACCGAUAAGAGGAUCUUAAGUAUUUUGAUCUGGGUUUAUUUCCUACAAAUUUUGGAUAAGACUGUCCUCGGGUACGGUAACACCUUUGGAAUGUCAAAAGAUACUGGUCUAGUAGGCAACCAAUAUUCCGUAUUGGGAUCGAUCAACGCGAUUCUUCAAUUGGCUUGGCAACCUUUUUCAUCUUAUUUGCUGGUCAAAGUGCCAGCUAGGAUCCUGAUGCCUGUCAUGAUCUUUGGUUGGGGUGCCGCUCAAGCUUGUAUGGCAGCUGCACACAACUUCUCUGGUCUGAUGGCCUGUCGAGCUUUACUCGGUCUUUUCGAAGCAGGUUGUCUACCCUUAUUCUCAAUAAUGACAGCUCAAUGGUAUCGACGAUCCGAACAGCCCAUCAGGGUCGCGGCAUGGUACUCUACCAACGGUCUAGCUACGAUCGUCGCAGCAUUAUUAUCCUUUGGUCUGGGUCAUAUCGAUUCUGAGAAAAUCGCAGGAUGGCAAGUCAUCUUUAUGGUUUGCGGAAUAAUCACCGUCCUAUCUGCUCCUGUCGUAUACUACUCUAUCGACUCGGACGUUUCCACCGCUCGAUUUUUCACUGAACAAGAGAAAGCUCAGUGCAUAGAGCGAUUGAGGGCGAACCAAACUGGAACAGGAUCGAAUGAAUUCAAAUGGUCUCACGCGUUAGAAUUGGCAUAUGACAUCAAAUCUUGGAUGUUCCUGGCUAUGACUUUACUACUUAACGUCGGAGCAUCGGUCACCACUUAUUUCGGUCCUUCAUUACUGGGUCAAUUUGGUUUCGACAAAUACAUAACUGCGUUGCUCAAUAUGCCAUUCGGGUUCUUACAAUUCCUAGCAAUCUUAAGUGGAUGUUAUGCCGCCCAGAAAUUCAAGAUCAAAUCUGCCGUUGUUGCAGUCUACGUCAUACCCGUUAUCGUUGGACUAGUCCUUCUUUACGUUGAAGGUACUGCAUCCGUAUUCAAGACCGCUCCAGCGAUGGUGGGAUAUUACCUCUUGUCCUUCUUGUUUGGUGGUAAUCCAAUUAUCGUCUCUUGGAUGGUAGCCAACACUGCCGGACAGACUAAAAAGGCUCUGAUCAUGUCGAUUUACAAUGCUGGUUCGGCAGCCGGUAAUAUCAUCGGUCCACUCUUAUUCGAAGACAAAGAUAAACCUCACUACAUUCCUGGAAUCAAGGCUGUACUCGGGAUAUUCUGUGCCCUUCUCGCGGUAAUUGGAUUCGAAGUUAUAAUCUUGUUCUUCCUCAACAAACAAAGACAGCGACAAAGAGUGGCAGUCGGUAAACCCAAGUAUAUCAAGGAUACCUCCAUGUCCAACAAAUAUCAAGCUUAUGGAACAGACGAUCCUGAAGGUGUAUUAGGUCAGAAUGCUCUACUUGAUAUGACCGACUUCAAAAAUGAGGAAUUCGUAUAUGUGUAUUAG